UACAGAAACAGAACCCAGAAGAAGAAAAAAGUAAGAAAAUUUAACAAUUACACAAAAAACGUAACUAAAAAAGAAGUCGAUCUGCUCCGUCACCGCCUCCGCCGCCGCCCUCCAUUUUCGCCGACGCCUGAGCUCGAAUUUGGAUGGUGAUGGCUGUUCAAGCACCUGCGAGGCCUGUCAUGGAUGAUAUGGAUGAUGAUGAUGCCCCUUUAGUUUUUAGAAGGGGUGGGAAAUCAGCAUCUAGGCAAAGCCAGUCGAAUGCUGAAGCUAAGAGGACGCCAUCUUCAUCUCACAAUGUCAAUGGCCAAAGCUCAAAUGGCCAGAGGAAUAAAGCUCCAGUUGCUUCUUCCAAGCCACCGCCGGUUAAGUCUCCCAUAGGGAGCCCCAGAGCAUCAACUUCUUCUAUGAAGGCUUCUCCAUUGCGGUCUCCUAUAACAAAUUCUAAAUCCCCUAUGUCCUCGGAGAUUAAGCAAAUGCCUAAGCAGAAUGCUUCUUCUGCUGUCAGGGUCGAGAUUAAGUCUGUCAAAUCUGAGAAGAAGUCCCAGGUAGAUGAUGAGGAUUCUGAGGAUGACAAGCCCUUGAGUUCCAGAUUGAAGGGAGCUGCCAACAAUGUUAAGAAAGAAGUUGGUGGUCCCAGUCAUGUGAAAAAGGAGGACUCUGAUGAUGAUGACGAUGAUCUCCCUUUGGCUUCAAGGAUGUCAACUAAACCUAAUCAUUUGAGUGAAAAGAAACCUCUAGCCUCAAAACUUCAGCAGAAUGGCAGCUCAACUUCUAAUACGAACAAGAUGAAAACUCCUGUUGUGCCAAACAAGAGACCUAUGGAGAAGAGCAAUUCUUCGGAUCAAUCCUCUGCUAAAAAGCAAAAGCUUUCUGUUCCAUCUUCCACCACAAAAGCCAAACCUGCAGCAGUUAAAGCAGAGGAGAAGGCUGAUGAUGAUGAUGAUAUCCCAAUCUCCCAGAGGAUCAAGAAGGCAACAGUGUCUGCAAGAAAACCAUCGUCUGCAAACACAAAAGCAACAAAAGUGGUCUCUUCUUCUUUCAAGAAGGCCAACAUGAAGAACACAAAACAAAUGAAAAAGUCCAAGUUUUCCAAGUCAACAAAAGUCCAACCUGGCUCUACUGAUGGCCAGAGAAAAUGGACUACCUUGGUUCACAAUGGUGUAAUUUUUCCUCCUCCAUACCAGCCUCAUGGGAUUAAGAUACUGUACAAGGGGAAGCCAAUUGAUUUGACUCCCGAACAAGAAGAGGUUGCCACUAUGUAUGCCGUGAUGAAAGAUACUGACUAUAUGCAAAAGCCAAAGUUCCUCGAGAAUUUCUGGAAUGAUUGGCGCAGGAUACUCGGGAGGAAUCAUGUAAUACAGAAGUUGGAUGAUUGUGAUUUUACACCAAUAUAUGAAUGGCAUCAGCAGGAGAAAGAGAAGAAGAAACAAAUGAGUACAGAAGAGAAGAAGGCAAUCAAAGAACAAAAAAUGCAGCAAGAAGAGAAGUAUAUGUGGGCUAUAGUGGAUGGCGUUAAGGAAAAAGUUGGGAACUUUAGAGUUGAGCCCCCUGGGUUGUUUCGAGGACGUGGAGAACAUCCGAAGAUGGGAAAGCUGAAGAGACGGAUUCGUCCUAGAGAUAUCACCAUAAACAUAGGGAAGGAUGCUCCUGUUCCAGAAUGUCCAAUUGCUGGUGAAAGCUGGAAAGAGAUAAAACAUGAUAGCACAGUUACGUGGUUGGCUUUCUGGAAUGAUCCUAUCAACCCCAAAGAAUUCAAGUAUGUGUUCUUGGCAGCCAGCAGUUCAUUAAAAGGACAAAGUGACAAGGAGAAAUAUGAAAAAGCUAGGAUGCUGAAGGACUACAUACACAACAUCAGGGCAGCUUACACAAAGGAUUUCAAUAACAAGGACAAGGAUCCUACAAAACGGCAAAUAGCAGUUGCUACAUAUCUUAUUGAUAAGCUAGCUCUAAGGGCGGGUAAUGAGAAGGUACAGGUUCUGGAAUCUAAAUAAGCCAUCAGUUACGGAUGAGGAAGAAGCUGAUACUGUUGGUUGCUGCACAUUAAAAGUAUCGAACGUGGAGUGCAUCCCUCCCAACAUGAUAAAGUUUGACUUUCUUGGUAAAGAUUCAAUUCGUUAUGAGAACACGGUUGAAGUUGAGCUUCCUGUGUUCAAAGCAAUUGGGCAGUUCCAAGCUGGAAAAGGGGAAAAUGAGCUCCUUUUUAACGCGUUGGAUACAAGUAAACUGAAUGCCCACUUGAAGGAACUCAUGCCUGGGCUUACAGCGAAAGUUUUCCGUACCUAUAAUGCUUCAAUAACAUUGGAUCAACAAUUGUACGAGGAAACAGAAGAGGGCGAUGUUGCAGAGAAGGUUGUUGUUUAUCAAAAAGCAAACAAGCAGGUUGCAAUCAUCUGUAAUCAUCAGCGUACAGUCUCAAAGACUCAUGAUUCCCAAAUCUUGAGGUUGACUGAGAGGAUUGAGACUGCUAAGCAAGAACUCAAAGAGCUGAAAAUUGAUUUGGAGAGGGCCAAGAAGGGAAAGCCACCUCUAAAGGGUGCAGAUGGAAAGCAAAAAAGGAACUUGAGUCCAGAAGCCAUAGAGAAAAAGAUAGCAUCCGCCAAUCAAAAGAUUGAGAAGUACGAAAUGGACAUGACGACAAAGGAGGAUCUGAAAACAGUGGCACUCGGCACCUCUAAGAUCAACUACCUGGAUCCUAGGAUCACAGUCGCCUGGUGCAAAAGGCAUGAAGUUCCCAUCGAGAAGAUAUUCAACAAGUCGCUUCUGGCAAAGUUUGCCUGGGCAAUGGACGUUGAUCCCGAGUUCAGAUUCUGAUAGAAGGGAAAAUCUGGGAAGUGGUGCUCACACAACACAACCCUCCCACUUGGAAGGGAAAAAAAAAGGGUAGCAUAAUAUGGCAAAAUUACCAAGAAAAUACGGAGAAGAAGAGAAAUGACCAAUCAAUCCAGCUUCUUUUAAUGAUCCAUUACAUCUUUUUGAUUCACAUUUUUUAUAAUUAAUUUUUUUCUUCUCUUUUUUUGGGUCUUCCACAUUUAACUCUGAGCUGCUGGGAAAGUCGAUGUUGUAUGUUCAAUGAUCUAAUCUAAUCAUCCAAUACGGCUGUAUUUGCUGCCACUGUCCCCAUCUUGCUUCUCUGUUCAUCACCAAUUCCAUCAAUUGGAUACCUGUUUUGUAGCAGUAAGUAACCCUUUAUUCUUCCAGAGUAUGAUGGAAGGAACAGCCGUGUUGUCUAUGUUAGGAAGGCAGGACUAUGAAAUAGGAGCUGCUAGACUGUGAUGAAUGUUUGAUUAUGUAAUUUUAUGAGGAAUUGUUAUCAUUGUCUUUGUCUCAGAUGUACUAAAGACUUGUAGCCAGGAAAUCUGUUGCUGCCGCUUUUGGUUUUC